UUUCCCUGCAGUGGUCCUCAAAUCCCUCAUUUGACGAUUACAAAAGCCUGUCAGUGCUGCAUCUCAAGUAUCAUGGCAAAUUGGCAAUGCCUCUUUCUUAACAGAACCGAUCCGAUGAAGAUAACAAAAAGGAUAAAGACGAACCGGACAGGUUGCAGCUUCAGUCCCCACCACAACAACAUAUGUAAAUCUCAAACAAAAAGCCGAAUCUUGAUCAUCAUCAUAAUUGCUUGCUGAGGCAAUAGAGGGAGGAGUGGAAGAAUAACAGAUCGCAGUGAUGCACAUCAAUCGAUUUCUUCACCAAAAAAAGCUCAUCGAAAGUGGGAACGGAAAGAUGAUCAUUGCUAUCCUUAGGAGUGGGCACUGCUCCGUGUUCCUCAUACCCACUUACCACUUUAAAUACCGUCGCGAUGAUUCUUGAUUCAAACCAAUAUUUGCUAAAAAAAAAUUAGGAGAUGAAAAUGGUAUCCAAAUCCAUCCAGAUUACUUUCCUUAAGAUAUUAAUUGGUUUGAUACUAGGCGCUUGGUGUUGCGUAUGGAUUCUCAAGCCAACACAAUUGUGGAAGAAAUCAUGGCACAAGGCUGAAGACUGGGCUGACUCUACUUUCACUGGGGAGUCAGGUAUCAAUGUGCUUGUCUUCUGCUUUCCGCUUCUGGCUGUGGCCGUACUUGGAUAUAUCUAUCUUCAUCUAUAUGCUAAAGAGGGGAGAAUCAGGAAAAAAGCAUAUUUCAUCGGAAAAUUUUCAAAUCCAAUCAUCCCUAGGAGUCCUAUGGGCAUAAUAUCAGGCUGUGAGCUUAUGGCUUCAGCUCUGUUCAUUAUGUUCCUCGCAUGGACUUACUACUCGAAUGUUGCUAGUGACUUCAAGAAGUUGACACCUUCAAAAUCUAUUCCAUUGAAUAGGAGGCAGCUUAAGGUAAUGUCUCUAGGUGUUCGGUUUGGUUCUCUAAGUGAAGCAUGCCUAGCUCUCUUACUUAUUCCUGUCUUAAGGGGGAUGGCAUUAUUCAAUAUAUGUGGCAUCCAAUUUGAAGCUUCGAUUAGAUACCAUAUUUGGAUUGGCAAUGCAAUCAUGUUCUUCUCGGUCCUGCAUGGAACUAUCAUAAUGUGUGUUUGGGGAUCAAAGCAUAGCCUCUGGAUGGAGAUCACUAGGUGGCAAAGGACGGGACGGGUGUAUCUUGCUGGAGCCAUUACUCUGGGGAUAUUGGUGAUAAUAUGGAUAACAUCACUUCCUCAAUUAAGGAGGAAGAACUUUCAGUUCUUCUACUUAACCCACCAUUUCUAUGCGCUCUUCCUGAUAUUCUUCUUGCUUCAUGCUGGAGCUGGUCACUUUUACUUGGUAUUCUCUGGUGUACUUCUCUUUGCCCUCGACAAGAUUUUGCGUGUAAUACAGUCAAGAAGAACAACUUGCCUUAUUUCUGCACGUAUACUUCCCUGCGAAGCAGUAGAACUCACUCUCCCUAAAGAUCCAUGUAUGCAGUACAAUCCUACAAGCACAUUAUUUGUAAAGAUACCCAGCAUAUCAAAUUUCCAGUGGCACCCGUUUAGCAUCACUUCAAGCUCCAAUAUGGAAGAUGACAGGCUCUCCCUUCUAAUUAAAUGUCAAGGAUCAUGGACAAAUUCUCUUUACCAUAAGCUAAAAUCAAUAGGCGAUUCAACAUCUGAUGAUGUGAAAAAUUUCGCUGUUGCAGUAGAAGGUCCAUACGGUCCUAUGAAUUUUCCGUAUCAUAGGUAUGACAGCUUGAUUCUAAUUGCGGGAGGAUCUGGCAUAACUCCAUUUCUGAGCAUUUUGCAAGAUGUUGCUUCAAGGAAUGGGAGGAUGAAUAACUACUGUAAAAAGGUUCAACUAAUAUAUGCGGUGAGAAAAACCCAAGAUCUUAGCAUGUUAACCCCAAUUUCUUCUGUGCUGCUGAAAGAGCCGGCUGAUCUUGGACGUGUGCAACUAAGGCUAUUUGUAACUAAAGGAAAGGAGGGGUCAAGAACAUCAGUAGAAGAGUUGUUACUUGAGGUGUCACAGUUAAAGACGAUCAACUUGGGUGAAGGUUCGAGUAGUGAUCGAGUACCAAGACCUGAAAGUUCUCUAUCGAAGGCUACAAUCACUGGAUUGGCUUCGAUUGUUUUCUUAGUUGCUCUUGUGUGUCUAACUCAUGUUUUCGUACACCAAAGCAAAAGAAACUCUCUGAAUAAAACCCCUUCAUGGAUCAGCGACCUACUGAUCAUAUGUUCAUUUAUCAUUGCUACAAGCUGUAGUACCACAAUGGUAACAAUUCUGUAUAUGUGGAAAAAAACAACGAAACCCUCUGACAAGAACUCCAGGAGUUUCUCGAUGAACUCCGAAAGGAUACAGGAUGUGCCGAAGCAUGAAAUAAGUUACGGACAGAGGCCUAAUCUCACGGAGAUGCUUCUGGAACACAUAAGGGAGGCAGGAGAAUCGAAAGUAGGGGUCUUCGUGUGCGGUCCAGAUUCUAUGCAUGAGUCAGUGGCAUCAUUCUGCACAAAGUAUUACCAGAAGAGUGGCAGAAAAAGCAAGUGUCUUUAUGAAUUUCACUCGAUCAACUUCUCACUGUAAAAAUUUGUAUUGAGUAGAAGAUGAAGAUCGAGGUGAUAUAGGCUGUGUGUGUCCGUACAUGAUCAAUAGAAUGCAUCAGAGUUGUAUGGAUUUCAACGGCAGGUGCGCCUGAGAGGUCCUGACCACUUCAGAAAGUAGUGAAGGUAUCUUGAUGAGUUUAUCCUUUUUAUGUUCCUCAACAAAAGUUGGUGCAGAAGGAUGUAUUUGUUUGACUUCUGUCACAACUAAUCUAGGAGACUGAUGAAACGUAAAGCUCCUCCGUUACAAUAAGAUUUUAAAAUUUUCACCGAGAUUAUGGGUUAUAAUUUUAUGUUCUAACGAUGUUACUGUAGGUUGAACAU